AGGGAGAGAGAGAGAGCGGCCAAAGGAGGGUGUGUUUUUCUAUCACUGCAGCAUCAGCAGAGAGGAGAGGGGCACAAUCAAUUUCAUAGAGAAGAGGAAGAAAAGGCACAAGUAGAUAAGGAAGAGAGUGGGAGAAAAAGGGGACGCAGAGAGUUGCCGGAGGAAAAGAAGCAUCACCGUGAAGAGAGGAGACCAGCAGGAGGGCGUGGACCUGAUUUCAAGAAGAGAGUGGAGGAAAAAAAAGGGAAAAGACAAGCAGGACCAAAGACAUACAAGGCGAAGCUGAGGCCUCCUGCAAAAGUAGCCUCACACUUGCUCUGCACAAGUGUGUGUGUGUGUGUGUGUGUGAGGUUGCCCUCUGUGUGCAUUUUACUGUACGUGUUGUGUGAGCAGGUGGGACUUUGAUGGGACAGUGAGCAAUGCCUCACACGCAGCGACAGCAGGUUGGCAGUAGGGGGCAGUGCUCCUCACGCCUCCUCCCCCUCCUCCGUCUCCUCCUCCUCCUCUUCAUCGCUGCCCAGCCCAGCCACGCAUCCAUACACAUACCCUCCAACUUGAAGAGGCCUCCGAUGAUCACCACACAGCCAGAGUCUGUCACCGUCUUUAGUGUUGAGGACCUCGUCAUGAGCUGCGAAGCAUCUGGAAACCCUUCACCCAUUUUCCGAUGGACAAAGGAUGGAGAGGAGUUUGACCCAGCCAGUGACCCAGAGCUGAAGGUUACUGAGAACUCCGGCUCAUCUGCAUUCUACACACUCAGUAAUACUAUGGAAGCCAUGAAGGAGUAUCAAGGCAAAUACAUCUGCUACGCAUCCAACGAGCUGGGGACAGCCGUCUCUAACGAGGCCAUACUCACAACUGAUGCUCUCCCAAGCCAGCAGAAAGAAAAAAAGGUCAGUGUGAAGGCUGAAGAGGGAAGCAGUUUUAUUCUGAAGUGUAACCCCCCGCAGAGCUCUAUGAAGCCUGCUAUUCACUGGAUGGACUGGCGUCUACAUCAUAUCCAGCUAAGUGAGCGGGUGGUGGUGGGAAAGGAUGGCAACCUAUACUUUGCCCAUUUGACAACUGAAGACAGCAGGGAUGACUACACCUGUAAUGUCCAGUACUUGGUAACACGCACCAUUCUGGCAAAGGAACCCAUCUCUCUUACUGUCAACCCCUCCAACUCUGUACUGCGGAACAGGAGGCCCCACAUGAUGAGACCCAUCGGAAGCCAGAGCACUUACCAUGCUUUAAGGGGCCAGACCAUCGAGCUUGAGUGCAUCGUCCAAGGCCUCCCAACACCUAGUGUGUCAUGGCUGAGGAAGGACGGCGAGAUGUCAGAAUCUCGGAUCAGUAAAGAUAUGUACGACCGCCGCUUGCGCUUCAGUAACAUCUCAGAGACUGACAGUGGCGAGUACCAGUGUAUAGCUAACAACUCACAGGGGAAGAUCACGCACACUUACACUGUGACUGUGGAAGCGUCGCCCUACUGGACCAUUCAGCCACUCAGUCAGAUAUAUGCCCCAGGUGAGACUGUCAAACUAGACUGCCAGGCAGACGGCAUCCCCUCUCCUACCAUCAGCUGGACCAUGAACGGGAUCCCCCUCUCAGAAACUGACAAGGACUCCAAGCGUACUCUGACAGCAAGUGGAUCUCUAAUCCUAAGGGAUGUCAACUUUAUAGACACUGCCAUCUAUCAGUGCCAGGCCUCCAACAAACAUGGAACCAUCCUCACCAACACCAACGUCUAUGUCAUUGAUCUGCCUCCACAGAUCCUUACUGAGGAUAGGAAUGUAUACACAUUUGCAGAGGGCAUGAAGGCUUUACUGGAUUGUGAGAGCUUUGGCUCUCCUAAACCUAAAAUCAUGUGGGAGAGCGACACCACCUCCUCCCUUCUGGCAGAUCCCAGAGUUAAUCCACUCACCACCGGGGGGCUCGAAAUCUUUAAUGUCACACAUGCCGAUCAGGGCAUUUACACCUGCUCUGUACAAAACAGCAACUUGUCCAUAAGUGCGGAGUUGGAAGUGCUCAACAGGACAGUGAUCCUGACACCUCCACAGGCUCUGAAGGUGCAGCCUGGAAACACAGCAAUCUUCACUUGUCAGUUCCUUGUUGACCCCAAGGUGGGCAAAGCAGCCAUUCUGUGGAGGAAGAACGGUCAGAAGCUCACAGAGUCCCACAGUGAUGAAAAAUUCACAUUUGAAGGACCAGACAUGAUAAUUGCUAACGUGCAACCAGGUGAUGAAGGCGUGUAUACCUGUCAGGUCAUCACUAACCUGGACACGGCUGAAGCCAUCAACACCCUCACUAUAUGUGAUCGUCCAGACCCUCCUGUCCUCCUCCAGAUCACUGAUUCUAAGCAUCGUGCAGUCACCCUCAGCUGGACUCCUGGAGAGGAUCACAACAGCCCCGUGCUAGAGUAUGUGGUUGAGUUUGAGGACCAAGGUUCUAUGGAGAGGGGCUGGGAAGAGCUGAGGAGAGUAGGGGGUAACAGGACGCAUGCUAGCCUCCCCCUGUGGCCCUACAUGUCCUACCGUUUCCGGGUCAUUGCCAUCAAUGAUGUGGGCAAAAGCGACCCCAGCAAGCCAUCUGAUACUCACAACACUUCUGCUGAAGCUCCAGACAAUAACCCUGAAGAUGUAAGGAGUGAGUCCACAGAUCCAGACACUCUGGUCAUCGCCUGGAAGGAAAUUGACAAACGUAACUUCAAUGGACCUGGCUUCAAGUACCGGGUGCAGUGGAGGCGAGUGGUGGGCAGUGGGCCCAACUGGAACACCACCUAUGUAACUGCACCACCAUUCAUCGUCAAUGACAUUGGCAACUUUUCUGCUUUUGAGAUGAAAGUUCGCGCUGUCAACGAUGUAGGACAGUCACCUGAGCCAGACCCUUAUAUUGGCUACUCAGGAGAAGAUGUUCCAUUGGAGGCUCCAAUGGAUGUGGGUGUUGUAUUGCUGAACAGCACUACCAUCAGAGUAACCUGGGCAGCAGUAGACAAAGACACGGUCAGAGGACACCUGCUGGGAUACAAGAUCUACUUGACCAGAAUCGGCUCCAGGGGCCACCACCGAGGCCGGAGGUCCAGAGAGCCAGGGACCACUGUUGUGCUUGAGACUGGGGCCAACGAGGAGAAGAAAGUGAUCAAUGAUCUCAGACCAUACUCCCAUUAUGCCCUGUCCGUCACUGUAUUCAACAGCAAGGGAGAGGGACCCCCCUCUGAGACGCUGUCCUUCAAGACUCAAGAAGGAGUUCCUGGUCCUCCCACGUCCCUGAUGCUGGACAGCCCAUCAGAGGCAGAAAUGACCCUCAACUGGACGCCUCCUGGCCAGCCCAAUGGAGUCCUCAUCGGAUAUCUGCUGCAGUACCAACAGAUUGUGGAGAGUGAUGACAGCCCCAUGCAGGUAGAGACAAUAGACGACGCCACAGUCACCCACCUCACCCUAAAGGGCCUGGACCGCCACAGCCACUACCGCUUCUACCUGAGGGGACGCACUGCUGCAGGGGACGGAGAGCCCAUCAUGAGGGAGGGUGCAACUACGCUGGAUGGAGCUCCUCCUGCCAACAUCAGCCUGUCUGUGGGGGAAACCUCAGUUAACCUCAGCUGGGUGGCCAAGAAGAGACACAGGAAUGUUAGCUUCCAGGUCCACUACCUCAAAAAAGAUGAUGGCAGUAAAUGGAAGAAGACAGAGAAGGUGGACUCCUCACAGUCUUUUUACCAGCUCCAGGGCCUGACUCCAGGCUCUCAUUAUCGUCUACGCUUCAUCUACAGCAACACCACCUUUUGGGAGACUGAUAUUGAAACAGAAGGAACAGUGACGGAGGUACAGCCAAGCUUUGCAACACAGGGCUGGUUCAUCGGUGUUGUGAGUGCCAUUGUGCUGCUGCUGCUGAUACUGCUUAUCCUCUGCUUCAUCAAGAGGAGUAAAGGGGGGAAGUAUUCAGUGAAAGAUAAAGAAGAGGGUCCAAUGGACUCAGAAGCACGGCCCAUGAAGGAUGAGACUUUUGGAGAGUACAGAUCUCUAGAAAGCGACCUAGAGGAGAAGCGCACGGCCAGCCAGCCAUCCCUGGGCGAGGAAAGCAAACUGUGCAGCGAGGACAACCUGGACUUCAACGUCAGCAGUGCCAUAACCACAGAGCUCAACAUGGAUGAGUCUCUGGUCAGCCAGUUUAGUCGGCCAAGUGAGGGGCCAGAGGUGAUCAAUGGCCUGCCAGACAACUCACCGCUCAACCCCACCACCGUCUCUCCAACCACCAAUGGCAUGCCCAACUCAGUCACCAUCCUCGAUUAACCCCCCUCCCCACGUCCACCGAGGACCAUCAGACCAAAACAUGUCAACACAUACGUGCCCAUACGCUCCUGUUCCCUACUGACUUGCUGAUCCGUAGUUUAACGACUAAUACACAAUCAAUAUAUUGACUAUUCAGAUGUAGCUGGCAGCCAUCUGAUUGACUGGACUAUUUUGACCAAAGGAGUGUCCAAAGUAGUGGACAAUGUGAUACAAGUCUGACUGACCAGAAGAUGUCCUUUGACCCCCCCUCACCCUCCUUUAUCUGUGUGGUUUACAACAUAUCUAAAUUACUAACAUUCAUUUCUCUCCCUUUCCUCUCUUUUGUUUCUCUCUGCAGACAACUCUAUAGAAUGAUAGAGACAGAAUGUUGUACAGUUAGAAAUAUCAAAGGGAUUGUAGGUAUGGUCCUAUAGAUAUGCAGAGUAGUGCAUUGAAGGAGGAGGAUGAUGGUAGCGCCUAGUGUGGGGAAACAGGUGGCACACGCUGCUGUAAAAAGUCUUGAAUCUUAGAUAUUUCUCAUGCCUUAUAUUAUUUCGCACAUAAUUGUGUACGUCUAAUGCCAUUUGAUGUCUCAGAUUGUACUUACCAGUGACAUUUUUUUAUUUUUUAUGAAUGUGGUUAAACACAAAACAUCCUUUUUGUUAUUUUUUUAAUAUCAUCACUUUUUCUUAUUCUUUUCUAUGCUGUUUGUUAAAAAAAAACUCAUGACUUCUCUUUAUUGACAUAUUUCAUAGAUCAAGUUUAAACUGAAACUAAGUGAAGCCAAGUUUCUUAGUAUAAAUAACAUUGGAUGCAUAAGGGGAACUUGCUGUGAAAAAUGCUGAGUAGCAUCUGGUGUAUAUAGCUGCAUCUACAUCUAUCUAUUUAGCCAUAAUACAGUAUUAUAGAUAUGUACAUGCUCCUUAUAAGUUCCUGUGCCUGCUGGGUCUGCAUAGAGCACCAGAUUGAUGUCAUUACUCUUUCGCCUUCCCACCAGAAGUGUAAUGUCAUUAUUGGUAAUGAUAUUGUAAUUUUUUGUGUCGAGACCUAUGUGUAGCUUUCUGUAUCUGUCUUUGUCUCUUUCUACACUGUAUUAAAAACAUUGUUGUCUCUAAUUAACAAUCUUUUCAUACCUGUCCAUCUCAUACUACGUAAGCUGUUUGAGGAGCAGUAUUUAUGUAUAUUUACAGAUCAGAGAGUGGAGUCCUGUGGGCAAACACUCAAGUUUUAUUUUCAGACUGUCAUCAAUGCAGGUUGAAAUUAUAGACAGGCGUAAUGACUGCCAGUUGAUGUAUAAUAAAGGCAAGCAGUUGGCAUUCACAUCAAA